CCCCCUCUACUCUCUACGCUGGCCGUGUGCAACCCCCUUUAAUCGCAAUGCUGUUCAAAACCACCUUGUCGCUCCUUGCUCUGGCCACUGCUGCCCUGGGCCACAUGCAAAUCUCCUACCCAUGCCCACGCUAUUCACCUCACUGCGCAACCCGCCCCACCCUCCCACCAGGCGAAUCCAUCGACUACAACCUCAGCAGCCCAAUCGGCUCCAACGGCACCAUCCUAGCGCCUAUCUGCCACCACAACACGCCCUGGCCGCAGGUCAACGAAGUGUGGACUGCUGGCCAGUCCCUAACCGUGAAGUUUUACCCCUCCGGAACCACCCAUUCAGGCGGCCACUGCGAGUUCUCCAUCUCUUACGAUGGCGGCAAUACCUUUGUUGUGUUGAACCAGCAGCUCAAGUACUGUUUCUUUGACGGCCCGCCUUCCCAAGGUGGCACAGACUCGGUGCGCAGCUACACAUUCAAUCUGCCUGCAAACUUGCCGGGCACCGAUCAUGCUGUGUUCGCCUUCACCUGGGUCAAUGCUGUCGGAAACCGCGAGUUCUAUAACCAGUGCGCGGAUGUGGCCAUCAAGGGCUCAGCUGGAUCAUACACUGGCAAGAAGGUCACCAUCGCCAACUACGGCCCUGGCUAUCCUGUCAUCCCUGAAUUCUUGGGCAACUACAACACUGGUCUCGAAUACUACACGAGCAACACUACUUCGGUCACCGUCACUGGCCCUGGAUACUCGGGAUAGCUACAGCACUGCCUCCCCCUCCCCCGAGAAGUAGCACUGCCUAUAUUGAUGACUUUAGCUGUUAAUACAUCAGCAAC